GUCAAUGACGUAACCCCAACGCCGCCGCCAGCCUCUCCUCACCUAGCGCCGCCACUGCCAAUGACGAGUUGGUCUGAUUGAUUUCGCAUCGUCGGCUGUCAAUGAGGAGCUGCUGUUCUCCUUCCUCGCUCCGUGAGAUUUCCAGAGCGGCGUGGAGGCAUGCGGUGGCCGGCAUUCCAAGUCUGACCGGCGGCAGCCACCAUCAGCAGCAGCACGACCUGCGCUACCUCCCCCUCAGGCCUCCCUCGCCGCCCAAUGCCCCUGGCCUCGCUGAGCGCUUAUUCUCUUCCUCCUCCACCAAGCGCUCCACCAAGAAAUCCGCCGCAAAGAAGGACACCCCCGUGAACUCUGCCAGCGGCGGCGACCCGUUCUAUGUCGUCCGCAAGGGCGACGUCAUCGGCAUCUACAAGAACCUAGCCGACUGCCAAGCCCAAGUCAGCAAUUCGGUCUGUGAUCCUUCUGUGAGCGUGUUCAAAGGCUAUUCUUUGCGUAAAGAAACUGAGGAGUAUCUUGCUGCGCGUGGGUUAAAGAAUGCUCUGUAUUCCUUCAAUGCAGCAGAUGCAAGAGAUGAAUUGUUUGAUGAUCUGGCUCUCUGCCCUUUCCAGCACCCUGACGGAAAUGCAACCUCUACUCUGGAAAGGCCACAGGAGAUGGAAACCAAACCAUCGAAGAAGCAUCCUAAAGUUGCUGAACAGGAACCAUUACCUGACAGUCAUCACCCUGAUGGAAAUGCAACCUCUACUCUGGAAAGGCCACAGGAGAUGGAAACCAAACCAUCGAAGAAGCAUCCUAAAGUUGCUGAACAGAAACCAUUGCCUGACAGCCACCUGUCCUGUAUUCUUGAAUUUGAUGGUGCUUGUAAAGGAAAUCCCGGGAAAUCAGGUGCUGGUGUAAUAGUAAGGCGGCCGGAUGGAUCUUUGAUUGCUCAACUACGUGAGGGUUUGGGUAUUGCAACAUGUAACGCUGCUGAAUACCAUGCAUUGCUCUUGGGCCUGAGAUAUGCUGCUAAGGAGGGAUUCAAGUAUAUCCGUGUUCAAGGCGAUUCUAUGCUUGUAUGUAACCAGGCCCAAGGUCUCUGGCGUCCUAAGAGCGAUAAUAUGGCGGACUUGUGCAAGAAAGUUAAGCAACUGAAGCGAAAGUUUGUUCAGAUUCAAAUCAACCAUGUUUUGAGGGAAUUCAACUCUGAUGCCGAUGCCCAAGCUAACCUUGCCGUGGAACUUCCUGUUGGUGGGAUUCAGGAGCAGUCUAACAUCGCAUGCUAGCGUUUCAGAGUAGUUUGGAUAACUGAGUCCGAAAGCCGAGGAGAUUGUGUCCAUUUUUUCUUGGAUGGUGCAGAGCUUAGCUUGAGUAACUUAGCACUAGUGUUUACCAACUUACUGAUAUUAUGUGACUUGACUAUAUGCAAUCUCAGGUAGAUACUAUUUAGUACCAGCGUCAAUUGGUGCUGCACCGAGCAAAGGACAUAUGCCGGUUGCUGCGA